CUCCCCUCCCUUUCCCUCUGUGUGCACGUGUUUGUGUUUGAGGCUCCAGACGGCUCCAGCCACUCAGACGCCAGCAGAGGAGCGCGAGCGCGCUUCGCUGUGUAACCAUUUAGCUAUCUGGACUAAACGCCGCACGCUCUGAGAAGCAGGUUCCUGCGAGACACGGAGAGGACCGGACCAGGUGUUCCGGUUUCAGCUCAGAAGAUACAGCUCGUUGGACUUUGUAACAAAGAUUACUUUUUUUGGAUUAGCAGGAAGUUUACAACGUGAAGUAGCAGCGCGCAUUUUUUUCCAGAGGGGACACGAAGCUUCACAGACUGCGGGAUGUAUCGGUCCUAGGGAGCAUGUCGGGGACCAGAGAUCUCACUUCAAUGCUGACACCCGAACCGGGACUAACUGCUGCUGUUACAUUGAGCGGAGAGGAACCUCUUUCUUGUGUGUUAUUGCUCAUGACAACUUAUCAAGUAUGCAACAAAGAGUAGGGUGUCGCUUGUCACUAUUACAGAACUGCUCAGUGGGACUGCAUUUAUGGUUUUAGACUGUCAUCCUGUUCAUCUGCUGUUCCCAUUAUUGUGUCCAGCAGCUGUGCUGUAGUGUGGGUUAUUCACAGGGCUGCUAUGCAGACUGACUGGAGCCACGCUCAGACAGCUCCACUGUGACCCACAGGCCUGGACCCUCACAGAAAAAACCCUUUAGAGCUGAGGAGGGAGGACUUGUGCAAAACAGCAGAUGUUACACAGCUUUGUGUACUAAAGCGGAUUAUUCAGGAUGCUGCUAUGCAGACAGAGUGGAGCCACAGGAACUCUGCUGGGGAAGUUGGAGUAGCUCACACGGCUGUGCAGCUUCUGUCAGCACCGCUGAACAGCUUGUGUUACACUGUUGGCAGCUGAAUGGUGGGCAGGAAGGAAGGUUGUUGUUUUCAACUUAUAUAAGUGUGGGCACAUUAUGAGUUGGAAACUUUCACAAAGAUCAAAAGUUUUGUCUGAAACAUAAAGGUCCCAUUCACUUGAUUACAGUAAUGAAACCAAUGCUUCCAGCAGGGGAAGGUCUUUAAAGAUGACAGUGAAACGUUGUGGAAUUGAAACAUUUUGUUGGACAGUUUUGAAGGCUUGGCAUUCCAUACAUCUGCAUUUAGCAUAGUUGAAAUUAGAUUUACCGUUCAAAUUUCACUUGUUAGUUACACUAAUUGUGGGAAGAUGAAGAACCCUCAUCCACUGAGUAACACCUGGAGUAGAACCAUGACCAAAGAGCCAGUGCUGAUCUCUGUGCCAGACACAAACAAGAAGUUCAAGAGGAAGUCUCGGGAGCCGAAAAGAGUUGAACCUGAGAGGAUGACAAACUACCCAGAGAGCGGGUCGGAUGUGGCCUCGGAAGAUGACACGCAGACAGAGACAUGUAAUGUCAGCAGGUUGGCUCCUCCACAGAGACAGCUGACGAUGUCACAGGAGGGGAUGGCCAGUACUACGGGGAUUCUAUCCGGACUACCAGAAGGCAAUGUGGCUCAAGCUCAGAGCGGUGCCAUAGACAUGAGAAUUGGCAUUAACGUGCCUGCCAUCACUUCCAAACUGUCCCAGUUACCCGCCUCUCCAUUCUCAAACUCUGAGAUCUCCCACUGGCCCACCGCCAUCUCCCAGCCUCUGUCCAACAGACUCAAACUGGGCCUCCGCUCCACUUUCCCUCUGUCGACAUCAUCCAGCAGCAGCCACAGCCAUUCACCCAACCACCAGGCCUUCUCCCUGGAGCCCCAAACCUCAGCCCUGCCGGUCCAGAGAGUCUCCCAGACCUCCCAGUAUCACGAGUAUAUGGAGCCCGAGGACGAGUCACCUCAGGGGUCUCCCAGGAAGCGGGCUGGAGGGAGUACUGAUGGACCUGGCCGUUUCCCAGAGGUCAAAGCCAUCCAGCAGACCAGGAGGCUUCUGGCCAACGCCCGAGAGAGAACCCGUGUCCACACCAUCAGUGCUGCAUUUGAGGCCCUGAGGAAGCAGGUGCCAUGUUACUCUUAUGGACAGAAGCUAUCCAAGCUGGCAAUAUUGCGUAUAGCCUGCAACUACAUCCUGUCUCUGGCUCAGUUGGCAGAGCUGGACUACAGUCCCGACCACAGCACUCUGAACUUUUCUCAGUGUGUGGAGCAGUGCACCAGGACCCUGCAGGCUGAGGGCAGGAGCAAGAAGAGGAAGGAGUGAGGCUGAUGGCGCUGGACCGGUCCAACAGGUUAGCCGCUGAAAGAGCGACGAGGACGCAGAAUACUGGGAGGACAAAUGACGAGAUGAUGAUCACACGAAAGCUGAGGAAGUGGAUACAUGAAGGAGUGACAAGAAAUAACCUUUUUUUUCACCAAUUAUUAGCAACGAGCAUCAAUACUUGACUCUGAGCUGGAGUUGUGGAGUUCUGUACAUAAAGGCCAACAAACACUAACUGACUAAAAGACAGAUGCGCAUGGACUUCAAGGAUCAAGCCGCAGAAUCCCUCAGCAAUAACCUCCACUGACUCAACUCUGCAUACAGACAAUGUUAUUACAUGAGUUUACUCCAAUUCUGCCUUGGAGUCACUGACAAGGCAACAGUGACUGUAUGUAUGUAAGAAUGUAUUUCCUGCUAAUACUCGCUAUUUGAACAGUCGCUGCAGUUCAAGCAGCUGAUUCAUGAAAUCGCUUUAAUAGUAAAUGUUUUAUAGUUUAUAAUCUUAUAUUUCAAAAAAUGCCAAUUAUGUUUAUUCAAUACAAAUAAACAAUGUUAACAUUAA